AUGUUGUUUGGAUUUCAAAAGGGCUGGACCGCAUGCUCGAGUUCGCAGGCGGAAGUGGCGCCAGCGGAUAUCGUGGACAUCACCAUCCGGCGGAGGCCCAACUGCCAGUCUCGGUACGAAGACUUCCACUACAAGGAGGCCAGCGUGCUGGAGACGGUGGCGCGGGAUGCCUCCGCGGGUGAUGUGAAGAGUGUCCAUGCGGCCAUCGAGAACGUGGGGCUCAAAGAAGUCUGGCUCAAGAUUGCGGGAGGUGAGAAGGCGUGCGUGAUUGACAACGUCAUUGCCAAGCAGCGCCCCCGACUGAUCUUAGAGUUUGGCACCUACGUAGGCUACACGUCCACCAGGAUGGCGCUGCAGGUGAACGCUUGGGGCGGCAAGGUGGUGACGAUGGAGAUGGAUCCGGUGAACGCCACCAUCGCCGCUCAGAAUGCAUCGCCGGACGGCUCGCUCGUUCUGGCCCGGAACCACAUCGAGAUGGCGGGGCUGUCGCAGGCGGUGACGGUGCAAUUGGGGCACUCGGAUGAUGCGCUGCAGCUGGUGAAGGAGAGGUACGGGGAGCAGAGUCUGGACAUGGUCUUCAUGGACCAAAGGGGCACAGCCUUCCAUGAAGAUCUGCGGACCCUGGAACAGCUGAACUUGCUGGCCGAGAACGCGGUGGUCGUUGCCGACAACGUGCUGAAGCCGGGGGCGCCUUACCAUGUGUGGCGGAUCUCCACGCUGCCGCACUACGCCACCGACAUCGUCGACCUACGCGAGUUCGGCUCGGCGCCAGUGGAGGACUGGAUGACGGUGUCGUGGGUGCGGCGAACGGGGCCCAGCUACGGCCAGCUGCCUCGCGAGGUGCGGGAGCUGAACGAGUUGGCGCGGGAGUCGGACCGCUUCAGGCUAAAGGCUAUGGCGACCUCGAUGAAGGACUUGGUGGGAGACCCCCUGGAUGACUUCGCAAAGAAGUUUACAGAUGAGUUCAUCAAGCUCGGCAUCAGGACCUCAAUGUACGUGCGCACAGAGGUGGUGGAUGGCUGCGCUGUGUCGCGGCUGGUGCGGCUAGCAGAGGGCGAGAGCCCACCCAAGUGGGACGGCGAGGACCCACGGGACGAGAUCAAGGGCGGCCAGUGGCGCGGCGUGAUCGGCGGCAUCACCUUCGCCUGCGAAGGCAAGUUCAUGCCGGGUCAUCGCCAAAUCGCGCCCGGCGGCUGA